CAGAGAUGUUUACGGGCCCCGUCCCGCGCAGUCCACUCCUUCGUCUUCCUCAUGACAGUUCCACCCAAGCUUCUCUCCCAUUCAGUUUCCAGUGCCCAAAAAUGCUUCUCAAACCCUUCCAUGGUUCUUCUUCAGCCACCGCUCAAAUCCACAACCACCAAAUUCUCAGACCUCUACCUCGCCCUUCCCUUCCAUUCACCAACCGAUCUCUCUCCAACUCCGCCGUCCUCUUCCGUUCACUUUCAUCCCCUUCAUAUGUCAAUGUCGUGCCGUCGCGGAUUCGCCGCCGAUUUGCGGUUCCUUACGAAGGUCAUGAGCGGGAAGUCAGUAGCCUCGAGAUUGAGAGCGAAGUCGACGAUGGUUUACAAGCAAAUGAGCAGUCAUUAGGGAACCAAGGUUUGUUGAAUCAGAUGAAGGAGAUCGUAACGUUUACUGGACCUGCUAUUGGUUUGUGGAUUUGUGGACCUUUGAUGAGUCUCAUUGACACUGCCGUUAUUGGCCAGGGGAGCGCCGUUGAGCUUGCUGCUUUAGGCCCGGCUACGGUUCUAUGUGAUUAUACGAGCUACGUGUUCAUGUUUCUUAGUAUCGCAACAUCAAAUAUGGUAGCCACGGCCAUUGCCAAACAGGAUAAAAACGAAGUGCAGCAUCAUAUAUCUAUCUUGCUGUUUGUUGGGUUGACAUCUGGUUUCUUUAUGCUUGUCGCUACCAAACUAUUUGGAUCAGUAGCGCUAACUGCUUUUGCGGGGCCAAAGAAUGCAGACGUCAUACCGGCCGCUAACAGAUAUAUUCAGAUUCGAGGUUUGGCAUGGCCUGCAGUUCUCACUGGAUGGGUUGCACAGAGUGCAAGUCUUGGCAUGAAGGAUUCAUGGGGACCGUUGAAGGCUUUGGCAGUUGCAAGUAUUGUAGAUGGCAUAGGUCAUCUGGUCCUAUGCACGUUUUUAGGCUAUGGUAUUGUUGGUGCUGCUUGGUCAACUAUGGCAUCACAGGUUAUUGCGGCUUAUAUGAUGGUAGGAGCUCUGAACAAGAAAGGAUACAGUGCAUAUUCUCCAUCUGUUCCCUCAACUGGUGAAUUUUUGUCAAUACUUGGCAUCGCUGCUCCCAUUUUUCUAACCAUGAUGUCAAAGGUGGUCUUUUAUUCUCUCCUCAUCUAUUAUGCUACAUCUAUGGGCACACACACCAUGGCUGCUCAUCAGGUCAUGGUUCAAACGUUUUGUAUGUGUACCGUAUGGGGUGAACCUCUUUCUCAAACUGCUCAGUCAUUUAUGCCUGGAUUGAUCAAUGGAGUGAAUCGUAAUUUGGAUAAGGCUCGAAUGCUGCUCAAGUCACUCUUGAUCAUAGGAGCUAUAUUUGGUUUAGUAUUGGGGACCAUCGGAACAUCGGUUCCUCGUUUUUUCCCGAAUCUCUUCACGCCUGAAGAAAAGAUCAUUCAGGAGAUGCACAAAGUGUUGACUCCAUAUUUCUUGGCGCUAGUCAUAACGCCCCCAACUCUUUGCUUAGAAGGGACAUUAUUGGCUGGACGAGACCUAAAAUUUAUUAGUUUGUCAAUGUGUGGAUGCCUUUCUCUUGGUGCCCUCUUAUUGCUGGUAAUUUUCUGUCUCCCAACCUUAAAUCUCAUUCUUGACUGUUCUUUUAUUUCUUCUUCUCUUUGUGCAUCAACUUUACUGCUACUCUCAGGUUAUAAGCAGCAGGGGUUAUGGUUUGGUGGGCUGUUGGUACGCCCUCGUAGGAUUUCAAUGGGCUCGGUUUCUUAGCGCUCUUCGGCGUGUCCUCUCGCCCGAUGGAGUGCUUUACUCUAGUGAUUUAAGCCAUUAUAGACUGGUAAAGCAGAAGGCUGCAUAGGUGACAGUCCAUGCGACCUUACAGUAGGGGCAUAAUUCAAUGCCUUUUCGAUGUCGUCGUUGUUCUGGAUCGAAACCAAAAGGCCGUGAAGCCUGAAGACAGCAUAAAUUAGCCUUAUGAUUUGACAGCAGCUCUUGGAGGUUCUGCUCCUUGGAUGAAGCUGUAACAGAAAACAGAGCAGCUUUAUCUUUGGGUAUAUCUGCUAUGAUGAGCUCGUUGGUAAUUUCUGUCGUAAUUCAUGAUUUGAUUUAUUAUUCAUUCGGUUUGCAGAUUAUUUUGAAAAAAAAAAAA